AUGCGACUUUUUAGUCUGUUCAAGUCCGCGACCGUGAUUGCGCUCGUUUCUGCAGUCCUCGCCGACUCGGACGUGAUCAACCUCACUUCAGAGAACUUUGAUUCGAUUGUCAAUCCCGACCCGCUAAUUUUGGUCGAGUUCUUCGCACCAUGGUGCGGUCACUGCAAGGCUCUUGCUCCUCACUAUGAGGAAGCUGCAGCUGCGCUCAAGGAGAAUGGCAUCAAGCUUGCCAAGGUGGACUGUGUCGACCAGGCCGACCUUUGCCAGGCAAAUGGCAUCCAAGGCUACCCCACAAUGAGGGUGUAUCGACAUGGUGACUACUCUGACUAUACCGGACCUCGCAAGACAGAUGGAAUCAUCAGCUACAUGAUCAAGCAAUCGCUCCCAGCAGUCACUGAGGUAACGCCCGAGAACUACAAGGACUUCAUCAAGGCCGACAAGAUUGUUGCGCUCGUAUUCCUCCCUUCUACAACUGAUGCCCCUGGCCCCGAGUUCACCGCGACAGCGAACAAGCACCGCGAUGAUUACCUUUUCGGCUCGACGACUGACAAGUCGCUCGCCGAGGAGGCCGGCGUCGAGCCCCCAGCUAUCGUUCUCUACCGCGCCUUCGACGAGCCGCAGACCGAAUACCCUUAUCCGGCUGGCUCCGCCAAGGUCAAGGACAUCGAGAACUGGAUCAAGGAGCUCGCCAUCCCCAUCAUCGACGAGGUCAGCACGGAGAACUACCAGAUGUACGCGCAGAGCGGGAAGUCCCUCGCGUACCUCUUCGUCGACCCGAGCGACUCGGAGCUCGAAGCGCAGAUCGCCAUGGUCAGGCCCGUUGCGCAGAAGUAUAAGAACGGCGUGAACUUCGUGUGGAUCGACGCGGUCAAGUUCGGCGACCACGCCAAGGCGCUGAAUCUCGUCGAGCCGAAGUGGCCUGCGUUCGUCGUCCAGGAUAUCCACAAGCAGCUCAAGUACCCGUAUGACCAGGACAAGCAGCUUUCCGAGCAGGGGCUGGACAGCAUGCUUGCGCAGUAUGUGGAGGGGAAACUCGAGCCACAGCUGAAGAGUCAGCCGAUUCCUGCGUCGCAAGACGAGGGCGUCUUCAACCUUGUCGGCAAGCAGUUUGACGAGGUCGUCUUUGAUGAUGACAAGGACGUCUUCGUUGAGUUCUAUGCCAGCUGGUGUGGCCACUGCAAGCGCCUCAAGCCCACAUGGGACUCCCUCGGUGACCGCUAUGCGGACGUCAAGGAUCGUUUGGUCAUUGCAAAGAUGGAGGCCCAGGAGAACGACCUCCCUCCCUCUGUUCCCUUCCGUGUCAACGGCUUCCCGACGCUCAAGUUCAAAAAGGCUGGUUCGCGCGACUUCAUCGACUACAACGGCGACCGCUCUCUGGAGAGCCUCAUUGCCUUCGUUGAAGAGAAUGCACGCAACCCUCUCGAUUCCAAGGUGGCCAUCGAAAACGCCACACAGGCGGAGGCGCACGAACACCAUGAUGAGCUGUGA